CCCCCCAUCAUGCCUCCCCAUUGGGUCCAUUCAUUUCAACCCUCCCCUUCGCAACCAACUCCCCCCAACAGCCCCCUGCUGCAGAAGCCAACCGAUGCUAAGAAUCCAGUCACGUCCAAUGGAAGUCUUGGUCUCGAUGGGAAGGACGCGGAAUCAUCCCUCGCAGAACGACUCUUGAUGGCACUGGAAAAGUUCGUUGAUGAAAGACCUCCAUCCGAUAGCUUAUCCUCGGGGGACAAAGCUCCAACCGAGGGGGAAGAGACACAGGCCAAGCGAGUACCGAAGCUGGAAUAUAAGCGCAAAGAGGAAGUGUAUAAUAACUAA